AUGUAUAGUCCACUGUUUGGAAAAGGUGGCUCCACAGAGAUAAAACAGAUUUUAACUCAGGUAGAAUAUGACACUGCCUUUAUUCACACUUAUUCCACCAUCUCAAUGGAAAUAGAAAAAAUUAUUAAGAAGCAUUGGGGGAUUUUUAAGGUGAAUGAAGAAACAAAACGUUUUAUACCUGAUACACCAAAAUUUAUUAGAAGAAGGGAUACAAACUUGAAAGAAAUAUUUGAAAGAGCGGACACUGGAAAUGAUAGAAUAAAAAACAAGAAACUAGGCACAUUUAAAUGGGGAACUUACAAUCAGUGCAGUUAUACAAUUUUAAGUUUCCAGUAUGCAAAAUUAACAGUUUCUUUAGAGAUGAAAAUCUACCACCUUCUCCAUUUCUGCAUCCCUUCACAGCCUCCACAGUCUGUCUGCAGUGAGCCUUGUGCUUCAGGAUACAGGAAGGCUACUCGCCCAGGACAGCCAGUCUGCUGCUUUGACUGUAUACCUUGUUCAAAGGGUGAGAUCACUAAUGAGACAGAUACCAGUGACUGUAUGAAGUGCUCAGAAGAACUAUGGUCAGAUGAGAAGAGAGAGAAAUGCAUCCCCAAAAUGACUGAAUUCCUUUCCUUUGAGGAGAACCUAGGUUCAGUAUUAACUAGUUUAUCAGUAUCUGCCUCAUUACUAGCCACAUGCAUUCUUUAUAUCUUCGUAAAGUUUCAGUACACUCCGAUUUACACUCCGAUUGUCAGAGCUAACAACCGCGCCAUCAGUUACCUUCUUCUUACUGCACUCCAGCUGUGCUUUCUCUCAUCGCUGAUAUUUAUUGGACAACCAGUGAAAUCCAGCUGUCUUCUCCGUCAGGUCUCUUUUGGCAUCAUCUUCUCCAUUUGUGUCUCUGCUGUCUUAUCCAAAACCAUCAUUGUCAUUAUUGCCUUUAAUGCCAGAAUGCCAUCCAGCAAACUCCGGAACUGGGUCGGAUCCAGAUGGGUACCCAUUUCCAUUGUUGCCUAUGGUUCCCUGUUUCAAGUUAUUAUAUGCUCAGUCUGGCUUACUAUUGGUUCACCAUUCCCACAGAAAGAUAUGAACUCAGAAGAAGGAAAAAUCAUAUACAAGUGUAAUGAAGGCUCAAUAGUCAUGUUUUACGUUAUGUUAGGAUACUUAGGGUUGCUUGCAAGUAUCUGCUUUUUAUGUGCUUUUUUGGCUAGGAACUUACCAGACAGAUUUAAUGAGGCAAAACAUAUUACAUUCAGCAUGCUUGUUUUUCUUACUGUUUGGCUUUCAUUUAUCCCAGCGUACAUGAGUGCAAAGGGGAAAUAUAUGGUUGCUGUAGAGAUAUUUGCCAUUUUGGCUUCCAGUACUGGGUUAAUCACAUGUAUAUUUAUUCCUAAAUGUUAUAUCAUUUUGGUAAGGCCUGAUAUGAAUACAAGGGAAAAGUUAACUGACAAACAAUGA